CGAUGAGGUCCCGAGCCAUGUCUCUCUCUCUCCCUCUCUCCUUCCUCCCGUGUCCUGGCCGUAUUCAGUACCCAUGUUGCUUAGGUUUAAUUUAUCUCCUGUUGCUUAGGUUUAAUUUAUCUCUGUCUGUCUCCGUCCAUCUUUUGAUGUUUGUCUUUGGCUUUUGUGGUUUGUGCAGAGUUUCAAAGAUGGCAUCUCUUUUGUCUUGCUUUUGGUUUUGUUUUAUUGCUGUUGGCACCACUGGUCAGCAGUUGGGUUCCCUUCUAUUAUAGCAGUUCAAUGGCUGUUGGAGUUUUUCUUGUCAUUAUUAUCCUUCUUUUUCAGUUUCAUAUGCUGCUUCUGAAUUUAUGGAUGAAAUAUCUCAUUAGACUGCUGCUGAAAUUGGUUUAGGGGAUGAAAUUAUUACCAACUGGGAGGAAAAAUGUUUUCUACCUCACUCUAUAUGGAUCGGUGGUUUCUAUUUUUGUACUAGUUGGGAUUGUCGUUGCAGGAGCUGCCCUAGGGCAUUGGAUGGUGCGGAAAUUUGUUAUUUCAGAUGAUGGAAGCGUGGAUGUUGGCGUAGCUCAAUUUGUGAAAUGGGCCAUGCGCAUCAUUGCAGCCACAUUUAUCUUCCAGAGUACGCUUGAUACUCCUUUGGCAAUAGGGGCAUUGGCUUCUUGCUUGUCAAUCUGCUUUCUUGUCAUUUCCUUCAAGUGGAAUGGUCCAGAUUCUACCAUUACUUUUGGGAAUUCAAUUUAUUCUGCAAAUGGGAAUCCUUGGCGGAGUAGAGGACGAGCAAAUGUAAGACACAAUCGUGCUGAAUUUCUCAGCAGGUCAGGGAUGGUGGCUUCACGGGGAACACUGUGGAACAGCCCAAGGAGAUCUUCUGGUUGGUCUGACUCUCCUGUUAAAGGUAUGAUAUCUCCGACCAGUGGGAGGGUGACAAGAAAUCAACAGGAUUACUAUUCAACAUUCCAUAGGACAGCCAACAGAAAGAAGUUUUCAAAAAAAGAGUGGGAGAAUUUCACCCAGAAAUCAACCUGACAUGCUGUGGCUGAGUUGGCAUCGUCUCCAAAGUUCACUGAUUGGAUUAUUAAGCAUCCUAACAAGAUACAACUCCUUCCAGAUGAUAAUUCAGAUAACACAUUUGGAAGUGGCUCACUCCACAGAUGAGAAUCUUGUAGAAAGUGGCAAUCGAUUUAGUUUGUUCAAAUGGUAGCUGUGACCUUAGAGUAGGAAAUUAGUUACUUGUAGCAGUACAAUGAUAUGCUAGGAAUGGUGCUCAUUUAAUUUUUCUUCUUCUUUGUUUUAGGUUUAAUUUUAAUACAUUGUAUUAUGUCAUUAAGCAAUUGUGGCAAAUCUUUUGAAAUCCUCUAAUCAUGUAAUAGUGCGUGCUCUUUCUAUGCCUCUUCCUACCAAAUACUUCUAAUGGUUGGAUAAAAAGAGCAUUGUCAAGUGUUUUAACUGUCUCAUUCAGUUUUAACCACUUAUUCAGUCACCCAAAAAAAGGGCAACA